UCUCCGACAGACUGCGCGGAUUUAGCCGAUUUAUUUAUUUAAUAACUGAUUAUAUAACACUCCGCCACUUAAGACGCACUCUGGCACGAGCUGAUCGUCCGCAACAGCAACCUGAAGCGACAGCGCUGACCUGGAUAACUCUGGACCUGAAGCAGAAGACAGACGACACAGUCAGCAGAACAGCCUCCCUCUUCCUCCCUCGUCCUCCUCACCCCUGUCUGUUGUGACAUGGCGGACCCCAGCCUCACGUCGCCCUCCAGGACCCCGCUGCGCUCCCCCAACGCCUCCCUCACCCUCUCCUUCCCCUUCCUGAGAGAGAGGAGCCGGGUGUGGGAGGACGGGAAAGAUCACCCGCUGCCUCGAGAUCUACCGAGCCCGCUGCCGACCAAACGCAACCGCACCUACUCAGCUACGGUACGCGCUCAAUCAAGUCCGGUGUUUAAAGGCAUCUGUAAGAACUUCUCCAGGUCACAAGGUCACGGCUUCCUGCGACCCUCCCACGGCGGAGAGGACAUCUUUGUUCACAUCUCAGAGUGA